AUGUCUUUCUACACCUUCGGUUUCAUCGACCAAGACGUCAUGACCGCCUCCGGCGCGUCCGAGCCCAACUACGCCGAAGUCGAUAACAGCCAAGGCUUCUGGCAAAUUCAAUCCACAUCCGCCACCAUCAACGGCCAAACCGUCGACCGGUCUGGCAACACCUCCAUCAUGGACACCGGCACCACCCUCUGCCUCGUCUCCGACGACCUCGUCGACGCCGUCUACAAAGCCAUCCCAGGCGCCAAAUACGACCAGAGCAACCAAGGCUACGUCUUCCCUACUUCCACUGCAGCGGCCGAUCUUCCUGAGAUCAAGCUUGCGAUUGGAGACGCCAUGGUGACGUUCCAGAAAGAGGAUUUGGGGUUUGCGGAUGCGGGGGAUGGGAUGGUGUAUGGAAGUAUUCAGAGUAGGGGAUCCAUGGAUAUGGAUAUCUACGGUGACGCGGUGUUGAAGGCUAUGUACGCGGUAAGUUUGCGAAGACUCGUGUUGUUGUUCGUGGGAUGA